AUGACCUCAGAUAUCUCCAACAAAUGGUUGAGAAGUCAAGUGGCUACCGAGUAUACGAAUCUCAGCCUUCAACAUGUGAGAGACGUGGUUCCUUCUCUACGAUACGAGGACAUGUUCAAAGCCCAUAUUUCUACCCUCGACCUCACUGAGCCAGCCCCAUCAUUUCACAUUCACCCGGUACGCUCCCCGCGGGACAUCGCGACCGCAACCUCCUUGAUCAAGUCCUACACCGAUUCACUAGGCAUCGACCUCAGCUAUCAGGACUUCAGCACGGAAAUCAGUCAGAUGCCGGGAAAAUACGCCCCGGAAAAGGGUGGCGAGAUUUUGCUCGCCAUCCAAAACAACUCCACCAGCGACAACUUCUACGAGCCUGUCCAUGCAGAGGAAAGCCAUGGGGGCAGCGUAUCUCCCCGCAAGAACUACUGCUGCAGCUGUACAUACGUCGAAUCCGACGUCCUCGGGUGCGCAGCUCUUCGCAAUUUGCCGUCUAUAAACCCCUUGCGCAUCUGCGAGAUCAAACGGCUUUAUAUCCUCCCGCGCGCCCGCAGUCUGGGUAUCGGCAAGGCGCUUAUCAAUGCAGUUAUCGACACGGCCCGGGAGAAAGGGUACGCUGAGAUGCGUCUGGACACGCUGCCGACCAUGCAUAGCGCUAUUGCGCUCUAUAAGAGCCUAGGUUUUGAAGAGAUCGACGCGUACUAUGAGUGUGACUGUCCCGUGGAGGGGAACGGUGUUUUUGGAGUUGAGGUUGGGUCGGGGUUGUUCUGUGAAUGAUUUAAGUGGAGUGCUUACGCAGUAGAUGGCUGGAUAUCAUGGUCUGAGGACUGAGCGCCUUGCAUACUGCUGUGGAAGUAACACGUCUAGGCGGAUUUUGGAGAAUUUGUUGCAGUUGCUCACAAGCAGGAAAGGCUAUGGGGGACAACCGCAAGAGUGCUAUUUCUUUACCCUUAAAGGUAGUGAAUCAUGAUAUACAUAUUAUAGAGAAGAAGCAAAAGGUUGUUUCAAACCUGAGUAAGCAUUGCUCUUGUAUUUUAUCAUCAGGAAAUUUCUCUAGAUUAAACAUAGAGAAUGGAAAACAGGAAGACAACACUAGCCCAAAGGGGCAUGAAAUCAAAAAAAAAAAAAAAAAAA